GGGAACGACGACUUAUCGUUGCCCAAGGCCACCGUCCAGAAAAUCGUCACAGAGAUCCUGCCCAGCAGCACCGGCCUUUCCUUUGCCAAGGAAGCUCGCGACGUCCUCAUUGAAUGUUGCGUCGAGUUCAUCACCCUCAUCUCAUCUGAAGCCAACGAGAUCUCCGAAAAGGAGGCAAAGAAGACCAUUGCCUGCGACCACAUCACAAAAGCCCUCGAGCAACUGGGCUUCACAGACUACGUCAGCGUCGUCAUGGAGGCGGCGGCGGAACACAAGGAGGUGCAAAAGGGGCGGGAGAAGAAGCAGGACAAGUUUGCAAACAGACCCCGCGUCCCUCGUCGCAAGAUGGGCCAAGAAGAGAGCUCGCUCUCCAACGGCCCGCCAGUCACGUUGGCCUCGAAAGACCUGGAUGGUGUCGCCGAGUACAUCAGUUCGGGUCGCGCGAAGCGCAUUGUCGUGCUGACGGGCGCUGGCAUUUCCACCGCCGCAGGCAUUCCUGACUUUAGAAGUCCUGGCACUGGUCUAUACGAUAACCUAUCGAGGCUGGACUUGCCCUACGCGGAAGCGGUAUUCGAUAUAUCGUAUUUUCGCGAACACCCCGAACCCUUCUACGUACUCGCCCGCGAACUCUACCCUGGCAAAUUCCACCCCACCGUGUCGCACGCCUUUAUCGCACUCUUGGCUCGAAAGAACCUCUUGGAUACACUAUUCACGCAAAACAUCGACUGCUUAGAAAGAAGAGCGGGCGUGCCAGGGGACAAGGUUGUCGAGGCACACGGGAGCUUUGCAACGCAGCGAUGUGUAGAAUGCAAAAGGGAGUUUGAUGGCGACAUGAUGGUGGAGCACGUGGAACGGGGUGACGUCCCUCGCUGCGAGGACAAGGAGUGCAAGGGGCUAGUCAAGCCGGACAUUGUCUUCUUUGGGGAAAUGCUCCCCAAGCAUUUUGAUCGGGAAACCUAUCGGCUGAGCAUGGCAGACCUGGUCCUGAUCAUCGGUACCAGCCUGUCGGUGUAUCCCUUCGCCGCACUCCCAGGCAUGGUACAAGAAGGCAAACCGCGCGUGUUGUUCAAUCUGCAACGCGUGGGUGGGAUCGGAGCGAGGAGCGACGAUGUCCUGGCUUUGGGCGACUGUGAUGCACAAGUGCGCAAGUUUGCGGACGCUCUUGGCUGGCGAGACGAGUUGGAGGAGCUGUGGAAGGGCGUUGUCGGUGAGAAAGAAGGAAAGCGACAGUUGGCGCAGAGGAAAGAUCAUGAAGAGGAGUUGGAGGACGAGGUGGCCAAGUUGACGGCAGAUGUGGAUACAGCCUUGCAUCUAGACGACGAGAAGGAGAAACAUGAUACAGGGGAAAAGAAACAUGAGGAGAUCUUGGAUAAAGAGAAGGGGGCGGAAACAGGGUCGGAGGAGGCGCCUGAGACAACAACGCAGACCAAACCAGAAUCCCCGUCACAAACGCUAGACGGCGAUGGUCUUCGAAUGCGCUCGACUGGAGAAUAUGGCAGAGAUGCCGCACGGGCGCACACUUCUACAGAGACUGAGUCAGUCAAAAAGGACAGCAAAGGGGCUGACGAGGAGCCAAAGGAUAAACCAGCUUUAUAA